UCUUAACAAAAAAGGGAAAAAGGGGCGAAUGGAGAAAAGCGUUAAAUAAAAAACCGGAGCGAUGGAUCACACUUUUCGGUAUAGAUGGACAACUCAUCACCUCAGACUCUCGGAGAGAAUGGACACAACUUUUGAUUUGUUGCUUCCUCCGCUCUGAAGCUGAAGCUGUUUCUGUUGUGCUAAGAAAAAAAACAAAAAACAAAACAGAUAUAGGGAGAAAGAGAAGAAAAAAAGAACAUAGUUUCUUUCAGGGUUGCUCCUUUUCGAUUCUUGUUGCGUUUUUGUUUGUUGUUGUUGUUGUUGUUGUUGUUGUUGCUGCUGCUGCUGCAAUGAAGGGUGGUGGUGGGAAGAGAAAGGCUUCUACCUCGGAGGCUCCGAACGAUGUUGUUGUUGUUGUUGCUGCUGCUUCUGCUCCUUCUGAUGAUGCUGAUUUGGGUGUUGGAGAUGUCGGGGGUGUGAAAGUUCAAAACUUUGAGGGAAACGAGGGUACCCAGUUGCGGAAUACUGAAGAACAGGAAGAAGAACCCCACCACGUGGAGGGUGAUGAAGGAGGAGAAGACGAAGAAGAUUAUGCCGAGGGAGAGGAAGAAUAUGAAGAAGAAAAUGGUGGUGCUGUUGCUGGGGGACAACAAGGUUUUCCUGCUCUUGGUGAAAAUUUCUUUGAAGUUGAAGCCAUACGUCGUAAGAGGUUGCGCAAGGGUGAGGUGCAAUACUUAAUCAAAUGGAAUGGGUGGCCCGAGACAGCCAACACUUGGGAGCCUCUGGAAAAUCUAGAGUCUGUUCCUGAUGUUGUUGAAGCUUUUGAGGAGAGCUUGAAGUCCGGAAAACAUCGUAAGCGCAAACGCAAGCAUGUAGUGCAUCAUACUCAACCCAAGAAGCGGCUGGAGCGUUCGACAACUCCUUACAGCCUUCGGCGUUUUUCAACUAGUACAGCUGAGAACCAUACACAGUCUGCUCCUCCUCUUAAUGAUCCUAGCCUUCCAGAUAUUCCCGCCUUCCCUCACACUGUGCUGUUUUCUGAUGAUGUGGGAAAUGGUGCUGAAGGCAGCAGUCUUAGAAAAGCCACACCCAGUAAUGCUAACAGGUCUGCAAAUGGUUCAGAACAAAAUAUUAAAAGGAAUGAGGAAAAUGAUUAUGAUCCUGUGCUUAGUGAGCUUAAAGCUAUGACUUCUAAUGGGAAUGAUGCAGACAGGCUUGCAAUACGGAUUCCAGAAGCUAAGGGUUCUGGGCCUUCUGGCAGUAAUGGUCAAAUGGAUGCUAAAUCAAAGGGGGCUUGCAUGGAAACAAGUGAAAGUGACCGCUGCCGGGGAUCCAAAAGGAGAAAAUGUGGUUCCGUAAAGAGGUUCAAGAAAGAACUAUAUGCUAAUGAGCCUGCUAAUGCGGAAAAUCCAGUUAGCAUGCCUGUUGGUACAGCUGAGCCAGAACGAACAAGAGAUGCUGGUAGUGGUGGCAAUACUAAUCAUGCCAGACCUGCUAGCAAUAUUGUAAACAUUGUAAAGCCAGUAGGCUAUUCAGCUUCAGUAGCCAGUGGAAUGCAGGAUGUUUUAGUAACCUUUGUGGCUUCAAAGUCUGAUGGAACAGAAGUGAUGGUUGACAACAAGUAUCUAAAAGCAUUUAAUCCACUUCUUCUGAUCAAUUUCUAUGAGCAGCAUCUUCGCUACAGCCCUACAUUGUGACCAAACAGAGAAUAGAAGGUGCUUUUGAGUUUGUAGUUAGGUUCACACGAUUGUGCUUAGUUAGUAGUUUUGUUGAAGAAUGUCUUACUUUUAUAGAUGCAGAAGAUAGUAAAGGGUAAGAAAUGCAUUGUUUGUUAGUUACACGUAGGUAUGAUUUUAACAAGUGGUUGUCAGUGUGGCUAUAUACUGACUGAUGCAUGCUGAUGGCAUAAAUAACUAUAUAUUUGAAUGCCUCAAACACACGAGGAUAGACAAUAGUUUCUUAGGAGUUAGUCAAGAAUGAAAAACUAUUUUGGAUUAUUGUAAAUUUUUAUGGAAGUUCUUGGCUAUUUCUGAGCGA